AUGGCUUCAGGCAGCAACAAUUCCAGCAUCGCGGAAGACGCCCGCCUGUUGCUGCACAGGUGGAACAGGGGGGGCGAGUACAAGGCGCGAUUGAUCAUGAAUUCCUUCCUCGAGAACAAGGGCGCCGACGUGGGCCUGUUCCUUCAACAGGCCCAGCAGGUACACGACCCAUCGAAAUACGAGUUUCUGCUCAAAGUGCACAGCCAAAGACAAGAAGCUUGGCGGUGUCAGAUGUUGACGUCGCUUUGCGGAAGCAAGGAUCAGGUGAAGCACAUAUUGGAUAGGCUUGACCAUCAGCGAGACUUGGGCAUAUUGGGGCCAUGGACCCUGACAUGGCGGUAUGACGAUAUGGUCGAUCCUGUUAAAGUCCAAGGCUCGUUUGACCAGCUUGCCAACUAUUCAUUUCCAGAGAAUCGGGGGGGGGGCGUUUAUGAGACGCGCUUGGGAUUUUCUGUAUGA